CUAUAAGAGACAAUAAUUGGCCAAUUCACACGGCAUGGUUUUAAAACAGUGUUCGAGUCUCUUGACUUUGUGUCAUUUUGAUUCAUUUGUAGCCAAGAAAAAAAUUAUAUAUUUAGCCUGCUUCAUCGGUUAACGUCACAGCUCUUUCCUCAUUCAGAAUCUGAAGGAAGAUGAGCUCACGUUAUUCCAGAGGACAGCGAAAUUGCGUGUGUGUCUGAUUGUGUAGUCGUCUUUGCUGGGUUCCAGGACAAGGCGGAUGGUGGUAUCCGUGUCUCGAUGCUAGGAAUGGAGGAAUUUGUCAUCGACGAGGAAGAGCCAUGGUACGACCAGCAAGAUCUCGAAUCGGACCUCCACCUGGCAGCAGAGCUUGGGAAGACUCUGUUGGAGAGGAACAAGGAGCUGGAGGAUUCUCUACAGCAGAUCUACAUCACCAAUGAGGAGCAGGUGCAGGAGAUUGAGUACCUGGCUAAGCAGCUGGAGGUGCUGAGGGAAAUGAAUGAGCAGCAUGCUAAGGUGUACGAGCAGCUAGAUGGGACAGCCAGAGAACUGGAGCUCACCAACCGUACCCUGGUACUGGACAGCAAGGCCUCACAACACAAGAUAGAGAGGUUGACUGGGACCAUCGAGACCCUGCAGACCCAGGUGGAGUCUCUCUCUGGGCAGGUGGAACAGCUCCACUCCCUGGAGCUACUCAGGGUCCGGAGGGAGAAGAGGGAACGACGCAAAACCAUCGCCUCCUUCCCCUGCCUUAGGGAACUCUGCACCGCACCCAAGUAUGAGGAUGGGUUCGUGGUGGGCCGCUCAGACAGCUUCACCUCAGAGACUAAGCGCCAGCCAGCAGAGGAGGAGAACGAGCGUCUGAGAGAGGCGGUGUCGGCGCUGCGCUCGGCCGUGAGGGCGGAGCGGGGUCGCAGGGAGGGGGCGGAGAGGGAGUGUCACGUCCUCCUGGGGGAGUUCUCUCGUCUGGAGUCACGUGUGCUGGGUGCAGAGAGCUGCCAGGCACGGGUUCGUGAACUAGAGGCAGAGCUCCAGGAACUCCAGCAGCUCCGACGGGCGAGGACCCUCCUCCUGACCAGCGAAGAUGACGGCGUGGGCUUCACCCAGACCCUCCUCAACAACACCCCCGAGACAGACACCCUGGAGGGGGAGGGAGGAGAAGUGGGUGGAGGGUUCAGGGAGGAGGGCGAGGGUGGGGGAGGCUUAGGUGGAGAGUCGUUACCUGCCUCCAGCCCCGUCAGGAAGAGCUGCAGCGACACGGCGCUGAACGCCAUCGUGGCCAGGGACGCAUCUGGGAGGAGAAGAGGGAGCUACGCAAUCCACGCCAACAGCGUCCGUAAGAGAGGGAUGUCCAUCCUGAGGGAGGUGGACGAGCAGUACCACGCUCUGCUGGAGAAGUAUGAGGAGCUGUUAAGGAAGUGCCGGCGCCACGAGGAGUCCCUGUGCCACGCGGGGGUGCAGACCUCGCGGCCCGUCUCCAGGGACCCCUCCAUGAAGGACUGUGCCAUGGGCCCCACCCCUGCACCCCCGCCCUCCCCCACCCAGUCCCCCUCCACCCCCGAGGUGAUGGAGAGCAUCAGUAAGCAGGUGGAGGCGGUAGAUAAACGACUGGGCCAGAGCACGCCAGAGUACAAAGCUCUGUUCAAGGAGAUCUUCUCUCGUAUUCAGAAGACCAAGAUGGACAUCAAAGCUACCAAAGCCACCAAAGCCAGCAAGUCUGGCAAGUCCAGCAAAUAAAUUCUGAUACUGGAUUGGUUUGGUAGUGCAGUGCUUUUUCCAUGAUCAAAGCGCUUGAGAUUAGUGGAGGAAUUUGCCUCGUACUCUACCGAUGUGUAACACUCAUGAGGAAGCUUCUGUAUGGGGUCUGGUCUCCUGUCUGCUUCACACGAGGCUGCUGAGGGGAGAACGACUCAUAAUAAUGCCCGGGAACGGAGCAAAUGUAAUGGCAUUAUACUACUGGAAACCAUGUGUUAGAUGUAUUUGAUACCAUUCCAAAUGAUUCCGCUCCAGCCAUUAGAGCAACAGGACAGUUAUCAUAAACCUAAGGAACCUCCUGUGGACUGAUUCUGUUACUAUAGUUACCAAUCAAACAAUACGCCACUUAAACCAAUCUACUACUAAUGCUAUUAGCACCUGCCUUGCUUUGCCAGUGAGAUCUAACACAGCUGCCUUUUGCUACCAUUACACAGGUCACACCGGUAUGAUAACUGUCACGUUGGACUCCACUAUUGUCUGGGCUUGAUAUGCCCAGCUGGUAAUACACUCUUGUCCCCUGACGACCAGUUCCACACAUUCUCCAUUCUCCUACUUAACUCCAUUUUAAUUUAAGGUGGAAGAAAACGUACUUUCUUUAUGAAACACCAUUUUCCACCACCAUGCUCGAGUGACUAAUGCAACUUCCUGAUGUUGCGCCCCCCGCGUUCAGCCAGGGGUAAACAUUUUUAGGCUUUAGCCACUCCAGCAUGGUCCAUAACUCCAACCACCUUUUCCUUAUUAUCAUGAAUGUUAUAGUGUAUGUUGCAAUACUUUGACUUGUGUGUGUGUGUGAAAUACUCAUGUUGCAAUGGCAUCCCAUAUGGCAGGAGAAAAUGUACACAAUGAGCCUGCAGUAUACAGGAAAUAUAAUCGAUUAUACCUUGUAUUAUUACAUGGUUUACUUUUCUAUUAUUUCUCUGUGUUCUUUCUCUGCGUUGUUGGGAAGAGCCCGUCACUAAGCAUUUUACUGUUUGUCCACACCUGUUGUUUACGACGCAUGUGACGAAUACCAUUUGAUUUAGAGCUAUCUAACUCGAGGUCUUAAACUCGACUGAAGCUUCAAACCUUUUAUAGCAGACACAGGAUUUGGCGUGAGAUCAGUGGUGUUGUGAAACUAUGGAUUGAGAAAAUAAAAGUCGUUACAGAGAAAUCAACUGAAUCAUUUCAACCAGAAAUGUGUUAUUGUUUUCUCCACAGUGUUAUAAUUAAGCAUUAAGGCAUGAGGUGGUGUGGUAUAUGGCCAAUAUACCACAGCUAAGGGCUGUUCUUAUGCACGACGCAAA